UGCUCAAGACGCUGAGCUGCAGUCCUCGCUGACUCGCUCCAUCAUCAUCGCCUUAGAUCGGAGUAAACAUUUACUGCUAUUAAAAUACAUCAGAUUGAACCAAACCAAACAGAUACGUACUGAGCGGUUUCAUUCUGCUACACCCAAAUAACAUCGUUUUUUCACCGAGCGGUAGUCAGUAAAAGGAUCAGCAAACAUGUUCUACACCUGUGGUCCCAACGAAGCCAUGGUGGUUUCAGGCUUCUGUCGUUCCCCUCCGGUGAUGAUCGCUGGAGGUCGAGUGUUUGUCUUCCCGUGCUUUCAGCAGCUUCAGAGGAUUUCUCUGAACACUCUGACUCUGAAUGUGAAGAGCGAUAAGGUCUACACCCGCCAUGGGGUGCCCAUCUCCGUUACUGGGAUCGCUCAGAUGAAGAUCCAGGGUCAGAACAAGCAGAUGCUGGCUGCAGCCUGUCAGAUGUUCAUGGGAAAGUCUGAGGGUCAAAUCGCUCAGAUCGCCCUGGAGACGCUGGAGGGACACCAGCGGGCCAUCAUUGCCCACCUGACUGUAGAGGAAAUCUACAAGGACAGGAAGAAGUUCUCAGAGCAGGUUUUUAAGGUGGCUUCCUCUGAUCUGGUCAACAUGGGCAUCAGCGUGGUCAGCUACACUCUGAAGGACGUCCAUGAUGAUCAGGAUUAUCUGCACUCACUGGGAAAAGCUCGAACAGCCCAGGUCCAGAAGGACGCUCGCAUUGGAGAGGCUCAGAACAAGAGAGAUGCGGUGAUGAGGGAGGCUCAUGCUUUGCAGGAAAAAAUCUCAGCUCAGUACAAGAACGAGAUCGACAUGGCAAAGGCCCAACGAGACUACGAGCUGAAGAAGGCGGCCUACGACAUUGAAGUGAACACCAAGAAGGCAGAGUCAGAGAUGGCCUAUCAGCUACAGGUUGCGAAGACAAAGCAGCGCAUUGAGGAUGAGAAGAUGCAGGUCCAGGUGGUGGAGCGCUCACAGCAGAUCAUGCUGCAGGAGCAGGAAAUCACCCGCAAGGAGAAGGAGCUGGAGGCUAAGGUGAAGAAACCUGCCGAGGCUGAGCGGUACCGCCUGGAAAAACUGGCUGAGGCUCAGCGUAUGAAGAUGAUCAUGGAGGCAGAGGCUGAAGCUGAGUCGAUCAGGAUUAAAGGUGAGGCUGAGGCGUUCGCGGUCGAGGCAAAGGGUCGCGCUGAAGCAGAGCAGAUGGCGAAGAAGGCCGAGGCCUUCAGGGAGUACAAGGACGGAGCCAUGGUGGACAUGCUGCUGGAGAAACUGCCUCUGAUGGCGGAAGAGAUCAGCAGGCCUCUGUGUGAAGCCAACAAAGUGACCAUGGUGUCCAGUGGAGGAGGAGACAUAGGUGCAGCCAAACUGUCAGGAGAGGUGCUGAACAUCAUGACUCGCCUCCCAGAAGCAGUGGAGAAACUGACCGGAAUCAACAUCUCUCAGGUGUCUUCUCGGACAGGCAGACGGGAAUCAAACCAAUGAGCUUGCUGCCAGAUCUGUUCUCGGUCUGUCUGGAUUCCCUGCAUCAUAAUGUCUGCUUCCUUACCUCCCAUCCUCCGUGUAUCCGUUCCCUUAACUGGUUUUUGUGUUUUUCACAUUUAAUCUGGUGACUAAUGCCGUGCUUUAUCUGAGUUCAAUAAUUAAACUCCGGUGACAUGUAUAGCUGUUAUCUGUGGUUUAUGUGGCAUAUAGUACACACAUACAGCACUGUGCAAAAGUCUUGAAGUACCCUUUACUUUAUAUUUUGCUUCCAAGGAGCCAGGCCUUUUUGUAGACUUUGAAGUUGUUUUUAGCAAUAGAAAUGACUUUAUUUAGUAUUGUUUUAAAGAUUUAAAAUAUUUAAGGCUGGAAAACUGUUAUCCACCCCCCAUAAGCACUAAACAAAUGAAAAUGCUUUAUGUGUUUAGCAAAAUGAUGCCGUGUUCAAACUGCCUACAUCUGUUGUCUUAUAUAAUCAGAUCAAACACUAGUUUAUCCCAUCGGUUUUAAAGGCCAGGAUGAAUUAUUGGUCAGAAUUAAAUAACCUAGAAAAGAAAAAGCAUUCAUCUCAAAAUUUUUAACAGUGAACAAAAAAAAAAAAAACAUUUUAAAAAACCUUCAGAAACUCUGAAGAAGACGAUGAUGAAGUCUAUUUCCUCCUAAAUUAAACCUAAGGAAAUGAAGGGCUUCUCAGACUUUUGCACAGCACUGUAUUUACCUCUUUAAUUUCACAUAAAUAUUUUAUAGUGCUUCUAAUUAUAAAGUUACAUUGAGAUAUGCAACCCUCUUUUGUCUUCAGUCAGACACUACUUACUGUAAUAGAGGCAGAAUUCGAUUUUAUGGAUCUUAUCCGUUUCAUUGAUCUUCUCCCUGAGAGAUUUUAAACAUACUCAUAGAUCAUCAAAUUUCAUUUUUAAUGAUUUCUGUAUGUUUCUGUCAUUUUUUACCCCGCUGUAUGUGCUUUCAUACCACGUCUCCGUCAGUGUUUACCUGUAACAUCUCCUUUGACACGGCCAGUGUCCGCCGCCUUGCUGACAAACCUCAAGUGCAUCUUAGCGUCAACGUCUGACAGGAAAACAUCAUUCCCGAAAGCCACUAACACUUUUCAAAACCUGUUUCUGACAGAAUAUAUAACAAUGUAUUUUUUUAAAAGCAUGAAUGAUUGGAAAAUGACAGGUAUGGCUAACAGACUUUAUGUAAUGCAAACACAUUUUCUGCAAGAUAUUUCCCGUCACCAGGUACUUAAGCAGCACUUUAAUGUCCUUUAAUGUGGAUUUUAUUAGAUACCUACACUUCUAAAAAUCAAACAUAAACAAUUGCAAUUUAUAUGGUUUAGACUCAAUGAGUUUGGUUUAGCAGGAGAGAAAUGUAUAAUUUAAUUAAACUUUAAAAAUUUUUACUCACCAAUAAAUAUUUAAUCUAGGCCUAACAGGAGGAACUUCUAGUUCAGCUUCCCUUUAGGAUUUUUUGGCAAAGUUAUCUAGCAGCUUUUAGACAGGUGGAUCCUGCAAAACUCAAGGUACAUUGAAGAAAAAUAUGACACUGCAGAAGUUAAGAAAACGGUGUGAGAUUUCUAAAAUUAACUCUGUUUGAAAUCAGCAGAGAAAUGAAGCUCAAACUCUGAACUAUAAGAAGAUAAAAAUGGUAAAUCAGGCCCUGAUGUGAUGUGACUUAACGAAAAUUUAUGUUUUAUGAUCGGUUAUGAGAGACUAUGGUUCUUUUAAGGUUUCUGUAACAUGCACGAUGUCUAGUAGUUUUCCAAACAUCUCUAUGUAUGAAAUUUAAAAUAUCUUAUUGUUUUAAUACAUCUUCACCUAGAAAACGAUGUUUACUCUGAAACAUCACUUUAGUCACUACAAAAUAUCCCAAUAUGCCUUAAAUCAUAAACCUAUCUCGCUGUCGGCCUCUACCUCAAGUAUUGGACCUGUUGCAUGAAAUACUUCAUUUGUUUAAGGAUAGGUGUGUGUUUCAGUGCAUCACAGGUGAGUUUCUCUAAGUGAAAAUAUUUAGCUCUGUUUAUUUUACAGUAUUUAUUUGUAUUUGUGUUGUGAAUAUCGGCCCCUCUAAUCCUGCUGCUGCUUUAGUUAUGUGUGAACUCUGCACAGCCGGUUUCACCGCAGCCAAACAUACUGAAAUGGCUUUUCAUCUGUGUAUGUUAUUCAUCUGAAGACAGCCACUGUUGUUUUAAUGCAUGCAUCCGCACCUAUUACACUUGAAUUGUAUUGCACUGUAUAUUCUUAGAAGCAGUGUAUGUUUAUAGCCAGGACACAGCGGGCGGGGAGUUACCAAAGUUGGCUAAAAAUGUUCAUCUGUAGUGUUCAGAAUUAAAUCACAUGGAACAUGUAGAUUAAAUGUACUUUAUGCAGAAUAUAUUUGAUACAGUGUCCAUGUAGCAUUGUCCGUUUCACAUAUUAACUUUGGAUAACUACUAACCUUAACAAAGAUAAGCUCUAUUUGUGAUGAUAAAUGUAUUAAAUCUAUAGAGUUUAUUGAAGUUCUUUCUUGUAUAUGAAUCUCUGGCAGAUUGGAUAGUCACUCCUUGGUAAAUAAUAUUACUGUCAGAGCAUUUCUGGUGUUUUGUGUUUUAUUAAAUGCACCAUCCUGCAUCUAAUAUGCUUAAUAAAUUUCAAAUGGAAACCAA